AUGAGUAGCCCACGCCGCAGAAUCGAGACUGAUUGUAAGCUUCCAAUUCCAAUUCCACUUUCACCGACUCCGAUCUGUUUCCUGACCGAUCAUUUUAGGCAAGAGUUCUUUGUUCGCUUCAAAGGACCAGCUGAGACUCCAUUUGAGGGCGGAAUGUGGAAGGUUCAUGUCGAGCUUCCCGACACUUACCCUUACAAGUCCCCUAGCAUUGGCUUUGUUAAUCGCAUAUUUCACCCUAAUAUCGACGAGCUGUCCGGUUCGGUCUGUCUCGAUGUUAUCAACCAAACUUGGUCGCCCAUGUUUGAUAUGAUCAACAUUUUCGAGGUUUUCCUUCCUCAACUCCUGCGAUACCCCAACCCUACCGACCCCCUCAACGGCGAGGCAGCGGCGUUAUUGAUUCGAGAACCAAAGAGCUACGAUGCCAAGGUCAAAGAAUACGUUCAGAAAUAUGCCUCCAAGGAAGCAGCAGACGAAGCCGGGGCCGAAAGCGAAGACGAUGACGAACUCUCCUCAGUGGCCAGUUUCGGAGACGACGAUGAAGAGCCUGCAGGACAGAUGGACGAUGUAUAA